CGCUUUCCGCCGGUUCCCUUCUUGACCGAGCGGCCGGUUGGAUUUUGUUGGGCGGCGGUCCCCGUUUCGGGAUCCCGGCGGCGGCGGCGGCGGCGAUGAAUAUGAUGCGCCGGAUCAAGAGCAUCGCGUCGGGCCGCACCUCCAUUUCCUCUGAACCCGGUGGGGAUUCUGGUACCAAAAGGGUAAAGGUUGAUCAAGAAGCUCAUCACAGGGAUAAUGUGGAUCAGCUUUUGCACUCUGUUGAGAGAGGUGCAACAGGUCUAGAGCAGCACAUGGCUUCCGCGUCUCUGGAAGCUGUUGCAAGCACUUCCAGUAAAUCGUCAGUUUCUAAACCUGGUGAUGAUCAGAUUCAUAGAGGAGGGCACGAGACAAGAAUUAAAGAUGACAAAGCAUUUCAUGAUGACAAGGACUCUGAACCAGCUGUAGUUAACGGACAUGGAACUGAAACAGGCCACAUUAUUACAACAACAGUUGGUGGCCGAGAUGGACAACCCAAACAGACUAUCUCAUAUAUGGCAGAGCGUGUAGUAGGCACUGGCUCGUUUGGUGUUGUCUUUCAGGCAAAGUGUUUAGAAACGGCGGAGACAGUUGCCAUUAAAAAGGUGUUGCAAGAUAAGAGAUAUAAGAAUAGAGAACUUCAGAUCAUGCGCGUACUUGAUCAUCCUAAUGUCGUCCAACUGAAGCACUGCUUCUUUUCAACUACUGAAAAAGAUGAGGUGUACCUCAACCUUGUUUUGGAGUAUAUCUCUGAAACUGUCUAUCGAGCUUCAAAGCAUUAUGUUAGAAUGAACCAGCACGUGCCGAUCAUUUUUGUGCAGCUGUAUGCAUACCAGAUCUGUCGCGCAUUAAACUACUUGCAUAACGUGGUUGGUGUGUGUCAUCGUGACAUCAAGCCUCAGAAUCUACUGGUCAAUCCCCACACUCAUCAGUUGAAGAUAUGCGACUUUGGUAGUGCAAAGAAGUUGGUCCCAGGAGAGCCCAAUAUAGCAUAUAUAUGCUCGCGGUAUUAUAGGGCCCCAGAGUUGAUAUUUGGGGCCUCAGAAUAUACAAUUGCAAUUGAUAUGUGGUCUGUUGGUUGUGUCUUGGCCGAGCUUCUUCUGGGACAUCCACUGUUUCCUGGAGAGAGUGGUGUUGAUCAGCUUGUGGAAAUAAUAAAGAUUCUUGGGACACCUACCAGGGAAGAAAUUAAGUGCAUGAAUCCAAAUUAUUCGGAAUUCAAGUUUCCUCAGAUUAAAGCUCAUCCUUGGCACAAGGUCUUUCAAAAGCGGUUGCCUCCUGAUGCAGUGGAUCUUGUAUCGAGGCUUCUCCAAUAUUCACCAAAUCUACGUUGCACUGCUUUGGAGGCCUGUGCGCAUCCUUUCUUUGAUGAUUUGAGGGACCCGAAUGCAACCUUGCCCAAUGGACGUGCCCUACCACCCCUCUUUGAUUUCACAGCUCAAGAAUUGGCAGGUGCACCCUCCGAGCUGCGUCGACGCCUCAUUCCUGAGCACGCGAGGAACUGAGCUCCGAUCGUAUCUUUGCAUCAUCAGGAUGCUUGUUCACACGUACGAAGUUCAAACAUUCUUUUAGCCUUCAGCUUCGACUCUGGGAAUGAAGUCAAGUUAGUGGAUAGGCUGUCAAACUUAGGAAUUUCUCAUAAAUCGAGCUCAAGUUAGAGUCUUGGAGGAGGUGGAGCUGCCGAACGAAACCCGGCCACAUUCUACAGGAACCUCAAACAGGGAAUCGUCGAGGCUCAUCACCGUAAUCGUCGCCGUGCCAAUUCUUUUCUUUUCUUUUUUCCUUCUUUUUUGUUUUUAUCGGGGGGUUGGGUUUGCAUUUUUUUGUUGGUGAUUGUUUUGCUGUUGUAUACAGCGCGCUCUGGGGAGUGAGUUUGUAACGUAGAUGCAAUCGCUUAGUGCGUCCGACAUGUAUUUCGACACGCGUUAUCGAUUGAUAACACUAAUAGUGGCAUGAUUUAUUCAA